CUUCAGCCAAAGUUCGACCACAGACUCGUCUCGCUUUCACUUCCUCAUCAUCUUUGUGCGAUACUUGUCAUCUUCUUCAGCUUACUUACGCCUUCAUUCAUUUUUUCUUUUCCCUCCCUCUUUUUCCUUGCCUAGUCUCCUUCAUAAUGGCCUCCGUUCGUCCCUCCUCGCCUUUGACCUCCGGCGCAGAGUCUGGACCAGAAUCCAAGUCCCCUGCUGGCCCCGGCGCUUCUUCCGGCUCUGCCUCAUCGGUCGUCCGUCCUUCUUCGCCAGCACCGCCCGGUGGUCCUCGGGCUGCGUUGCGCCGUCGCGCGGCCGCCGACCAUAAGGAGUCUCUGCGGAAUGCUAGGCCAAGCUCUACUCGUGCGGCGGGCGCUGGCGGUUCCUCGGGUACGAUGCUCAAGCUUUACACGGAUGAGAGCCCGGGCUUGAAGGUUGACCCUGUCGUCGUGCUGGUUCUCAGUCUCGGAUUCAUUUUUUCCGUUGUCGGGCUGCAUGUGAUUGCCAAGAUUACUCGCAAAUUCUCCUCGUGAAGAAUGUCUACACGUCAUUUCACCUAGUUCCAAAUAUUUCGUGGCCGGUAGGAAGGGGUGGAAAUGUCAUAAAUUAUCUGGUAAAUUUCAAUUGGUAUUCAUGAAUACGCGGAGUCUCGAGCACGGUGUCAAAACUACCAACGCGAUCGUCCUACUUUUAUACCCUCUUCAUUCUCUUUGAUACAGCCUUUUUACUCCUUUCCUUUUCCGUUGGUGCAAACUUCUAUUCCGCUUCAAUUUGACGCUUCCUUCGCGACGACUGCGAUCCCAUCUGCAGGAUACGGAUUCUCUCUCUUAUUUUUAUAGACCCUCGAUUGUGUGGACCAAUCAUGCCAAGAGAGCAUGUUGUGCCGCCCCGCGCAUUGCAAUGCUUGGUCAUUGAUUGUGGCUUUUGAGUGCCAAGGCCGUUGGCUUGGGCACCGCCUGCUGGGGAAAUGGUUGCGAUGCAGAGAAAAUGCAUGUGUACAAUAGCCUGUGUUUUAGUUGUUCUGUUGCGAAAUAGCAUGGUUAUAACUCAUGGCGUUGUGAGUGUAAGUAUAUCUGUAGAGGGAUCAAGCAGCAUAGAAUCAAUCCAACGUCGCAACUCUUUGUGCUGAACAUGCUGGCCAGGCAGGGUAGAAUAAUAUGAAGUCCCGGAAG